CGGAGCCGGGACGAUGCUGACCCCUUAGAUCCUGCUCCAGCCGCGGCGCGGGAAGAGGGGGCGCCCCUCUCCGGACCCCCCCGCCCGCCGCCCCCCUUCUCGCUUCCUCUAUCGGGGCCGCUUCGCCGAAGGUAGAGCCAAAUCGGGCGACUGGAGCCUAGGCGCGAAGCGAAGAAGCCGGAACAAAGUGAGGGGGAGCCGGCCGGCUGGCCCGGGGGGGCCCUCGGGGCCCUGGGGUAGCGGAACUCGCUCCGGGCGGGGCUUCCCAGCGACCCGGCGCCCCGCGGGCAGCAUGCCCCUGCGGGCAGGGGGAGCUGGGCUGAACUGGCCCUCCCGGGGGCUCAGCCUGCGCCCUAGAGCCCCCCAGAUGCGCCCCCUCCGGGGCCCCCCGGUUGCGUGAGGACACCUCCUCUGAGGGGCGCCGCUCGUCCCUCUCGAGACCGCCCGGGGCCCCGGUUGGCCAGAGGAUGGACGAGGAGGAGGAUGGAGCGGGCGCCGAGGAGUCAGGACAGCCCCGAAGCUUCCUGCGGCUCAACGACCUGUCGGGGGCCGGGGGCCGGCCGGGGCCGGGGUCGGCGGAGAAGGACCCGGGCAGCGCGGACUCCGAGGCGGAGGGACUGCCGUACCCCGCGCUGGCCCCGGUGGUCUUCUUCUACUUGAGCCAGGACAGCCGUCCGCGGAGCUGGUGCCUCCGCACGGUCUGUAACCCCUGGUUUGAGCGUAUCAGCAUGUUGGUCAUCCUUCUCAACUGUGUGACUCUGGGCAUGUUCCGGCCGUGUGAGGACAUUGCCUGUGACUCCCAGCGCUGCCGGAUCCUGCAGGCCUUUGAUGACUUCAUCUUUGCCUUCUUCGCCGUGGAGAUGGUGGUGAAGAUGGUGGCCUUGGGAAUCUUUGGGAAAAAGUGUUACCUGGGAGACACUUGGAACCGGCUGGACUUUUUCAUCGUUAUUGCAGGGAUGCUGGAGUAUUCGCUGGACCUGCAGAACGUCAGCUUCUCAGCUGUCAGGACAGUCCGUGUGCUGCGACCGCUCAGGGCCAUUAACCGGGUGCCCAGCAUGCGCAUCCUUGUCACGCUGCUGCUGGACACGCUGCCCAUGCUGGGCAACGUCCUGCUGCUCUGCUUCUUCGUCUUCUUCAUCUUCGGCAUCGUGGGCGUCCAGCUGUGGGCAGGGCUGCUCCGGAACCGAUGCUUCCUGCCCGAGAACUUCAGCCUCCCCCUGAGCGUGGAUCUGGAGCCCUAUUACCAGACGGAGAACGAGGACGAGAACCCCUUCAUCUGCUCCCAGCCCCGGGAGAACGGCAUGCGCUCCUGCAGGAGCGUGCCCACCCUGCGUGGGGAGGGCGGGGGCGGCUCCCCCUGCGGCCUGGACUACGAGGCCUACAACAGCUCCAGCAACACCACCUGUGUCAACUGGAACCAGUACUACACCAACUGCUCUGCCGGGGAGCACAACCCCUUCAAGGGCGCCAUCAACUUCGACAACAUCGGCUACGCCUGGAUCGCCAUCUUCCAGGUCAUCACGCUGGAGGGCUGGGUCGACAUCAUGUACUUUGUGAUGGAUGCUCAUUCCUUCUACAACUUCAUCUACUUCAUCCUCCUCAUCAUCGUGGGCUCCUUCUUCAUGAUCAACCUGUGCCUGGUGGUGAUUGCCACGCAGUUCUCGGAGACCAAGCAGCGGGAGAGCCAGCUGAUGCGGGAGCAGCGCGUGCGGUUCCUAUCCAACGCCAGUACCCUGGCCAGCUUCUCGGAGCCGGGCAGCUGCUACGAAGAGCUGCUCAAAUACCUGGUGUACAUCCUCCGUAAAGCAGCCCGCAGGCUGGCCCAGGUUUCUCGGGCAGUGGGCGUGCGGGCCGGGCUGCUCAGCCCGGCGCCCCUGGGGGUCCAGGAGCCCCAGCCCAGUGGCAGCUGCUCACGCUCCCAUCGCCGCCCGUCCGUCCAUCACCUGGUGCACCACCACCACCACCACCACCAUCACUACCACCUGGGCAACGGGACGCUACGGGGCCCCCGGGCCAGCCCAGAGAUCCAGGAUCGGGAUGCCAAUGGGUCCCGCCGGCUCAUGCUGCCACCACCCUCGACACCGGCCCUCUCUGGGGGCCCUCCUCGGGGCGCAGAGGCUGUGCACAGCUUCUACCAUGCCGACUGCCACUUGGAGCCGGUCCGCUGCCAGGCACCCCCGCCCAGGUCGCCAUCCGAGGCAUCAGGCAGGACUGUGAGCAGCGGGAAGGUGUACCCCACGGUGCACACCAGCCCUCCACCAGAGAUGCUGAAGGAGAAGGCACUUGAGGUGGCCCCCACUUCCGGACCCCCCACCCUCACCAGCCUCAACAUCCCACCUGAGCGCUACAGCUCCAUGCACAAGCUGCUAGAGACGCAGAGUACAGGCACCUGCCAAAGCUCCUGCAAGAUCUCCAGCCCUUGCUUGAAGGCAGACCGUGGAGCCUGUGGCCCCGACAGCUGCCCCUACUGUGCCCGGGCUGGGGCAGGGGAGGUGGAGCUCGCCGGCCCCGAGAUGCCUGACUCAGACAGCGAGGCGGUUUAUGAGUUCACGCAGGACGCCCCGCACGGCGAACUCCGGGACCCCCAGGGUCGACGGCGACGCAGCCUGGGGCUGGAUGUGGAGCCCAGCUCCGUGCUGGCCUUCUGGAGGCUGAUCUGUGACACCUUCCGCAAGAUUGUGGACAGCAAGUACUUUGGUCGGGGCAUCAUGAUUGCCAUCCUGGUCAACACGCUCAGCAUGGGCAUCGAGUACCACGAGCAGCCCGAGGAGCUCACCAACGCCCUGGAAAUCAGCAACAUCGUCUUCACCAGCCUCUUCGCCCUGGAGAUGCUCCUGAAGCUGCUCGUGUACGGUCCCUUUGGCUACAUCAAGAACCCCUACAACAUCUUCGACGGCGUCAUUGUUGUCAUCAGUGUGUGGGAGAUCGUGGGCCAGCAGGGGGGCGGCCUGUCGGUGCUGCGGACCUUCCGCCUGAUGCGGGUGCUGAAGCUGGUGCGCUUCCUGCCGGCGCUGCAGCGGCAGCUCGUGGUGCUCAUGAAGACCAUGGACAACGUGGCCACCUUCUGCAUGCUGCUCAUGCUCUUCAUCUUCAUCUUCAGCAUCCUGGGCAUGCACCUCUUCGGCUGCAAAUUUGCAUCCGAGCGGGACGGGGACACGCUGCCGGACCGGAAGAAUUUUGACUCCCUGCUCUGGGCCAUAGUCACCGUCUUUCAGAUCCUGACCCAGGAGGACUGGAACAAGGUGCUCUACAACGGAAUGGCCUCCACGUCGUCCUGGGCUGCCCUUUACUUCAUUGCCCUCAUGACCUUUGGCAACUACGUGCUCUUUAACCUGCUUGUCGCCAUUCUGGUGGAGGGCUUCCAGGCGGAGGAAAUCAGCAAACGGGAAGAUGCGAGUGGACAGUUAAGCUGUAUUCAGCUGCCUGUCGACUCCCAGGGGGGAGAUGCCACCAAGUCCGAGUCAGAGCCUGAUUUCUUCUCCCCCAGCCUGGAUGGCGACGGGGACAGGAAGAAGCGCUUGGCCUUGGUGUCCCUGGGAGAGCACCCAGAGCUUCAGAGGAGCCUGUUGCCCCCUCUCAUCAUCCACACGGCCGCCACGCCCAUGUCGCUGCCCAAGAGCUCCAGCACCGGCCUGGCUGAGGCGCUGGGCCCUGCCUCCCGCCGCACCAGCAGCAGCGGGUCGGCGGAGCCCGGGGCAGCCCACGAGAUGAAGUCACCGCCGAGUGCCCGGAGCUCUCCGCACAGCCCCUGGAGCGCAGCAAGCAGCUGGGCCAGCAGGCGCUCCAGCCGCAACAGCCUGGGCCGGGCCCCCAGCCUGAAGCGGAGGAGCCCGAGUGGGGAGCGGAGGUCCCUGUUGUCGGGCGAGGGCCAGGAGAGCCAGGACGAAGAGGAGAGCUCAGAGGAGGAGCGGGCCAGCCCAGCAGGCAGCGACCGUCGCCACAGGGGCUCCCUGGAGCGGGAGGCGAAGAGCUCCUUUGACCUGCCAGACACGCUGCAGGUGCCCGGGCUGCACCGCACAGCCAGCGGCCGCAGCUCCGCCUCUGAGCACCAGGGCUGCAAUGGCAAGUCGGCCUCGGGGCGCCUGGCCCGGGCCCUGCACCCCGACGACCCCCCACUGGAUGGAGAUGAUGGCGAUGACGAGGGCAACCUGAGCAAAGGGGAGCGGAUGAGAGCGUGGAUCCGAGCCCGGCUCCCUGCCUGCUGCCGAGAGCGAGACUCUUGGUCUGCCUACAUCUUCCCUCCUCAGUCAAGGUUCCGCCUCCUGUGUCACCGGAUCAUCACGCACAAGAUGUUCGACCACGUGGUCCUCGUCAUCAUCUUCCUCAACUGCAUCACCAUUGCCAUGGAGCGCCCCAAGAUCGACCCGCACAGCGCUGAGCGCAUCUUCCUGACCCUCUCCAAUUACGUCUUCACCGUGGUCUUCCUGGCGGAGAUGACCGUGAAGGUGGUGGCGCUGGGCUGGUGCUUCGGGGAGCAGGCGUACCUGCGCAGCAGCUGGAACGUGCUGGACGGGCUGCUGGUGCUCAUCUCCAUCAUCGACAUCCUGGUGUCCAUGGUCUCGGACAGCGGCACCAAGAUCCUGGGCAUGUUGCGGGUGCUGCGGCUGCUGCGGACCCUGCGCCCGCUCAGGGUGAUCAGCCGGGCACAGGGCCUGAAGCUGGUGGUGGAGACGCUGAUGUCCUCGCUGAAGCCCAUCGGCAACAUCGUGGUCAUCUGCUGUGCCUUCUUCAUCAUUUUUGGCAUCCUGGGGGUGCAGAAAGGAAGAAGCAGGGAUGCUUUCCUCCAGACCUCGGGCCUUGGGCCUCUUGGCUGCCUGGGCACUUUGCAGAGAACUGGGAGCCUGGAAGAGGGCCCGAAGGGGACGAGGGCCUCAGAGAGGCUUCUGACCUGUGACAGCUGCAGGCUGCUGUUCCACCCCCUUCGUGCACUGCACUCGGAGUGCAGACGCUGGCACAGGCCCACGCUCUUCAAAGGGAAGUUCUUCGUGUGCCAGGGUGAGGACACCAGGAACAUCACCAACAAGUCUGACUGUGCCGAAGCCAGUUACCGGUGGGUCCGGCACAAGUACAACUUUGACAACCUCGGCCAGGCCCUGAUGUCCCUGUUCGUGCUGGCCUCCAAGGACGGCUGGGUGGACAUCAUGUACGAUGGGCUGGAUGCCGUGGGUGUGGACCAGCAGCCCAUCAUGAACCACAACCCCUGGAUGCUCCUGUACUUCAUCUCGUUCCUGCUCAUCGUGGCCUUCUUUGUCCUGAACAUGUUUGUGGGCGUGGUGGUGGAGAACUUCCACAAGUGUCGGCAGCACCAGGAGGAGGAGGAGGCCCGGCGGCGGGAGGAGAAGCGGCUGCGGAGACUGGAGAAAAAGAGAAGGAAUCUAAUGCUGGACGAUGUAAUUGCUUCCGGCAGCUCAGCCAGCGCGGCGCCAGAAGCCCAGUGCAAACCCUACUACUCGGACUACUCCCGCUUCCGGCUCCUCGUCCACAACUUCUGCACCAGCCACUACCUGGAUCUCUUCAUCACGGGGGUCAUUGGGCUGAACGUGGUCACCAUGGCCAUGGAGCACUACCAGCAGCCCCAGAUCCUGGACGAGGCUCUGAAGAUCUGCAACUACAUCUUCACCAUUAUCUUUGUCUUGGAGUCAGUUUUCAAACUCGUGGCCUUUGGCUUCCGUCGGUUCUUCCAGGACAGGUGGAACCAGCUGGACCUGGCCAUUGUGCUGCUGUCCAUCAUGGGCAUCACGCUGGAGGAGAUCGAGGUCAACGCCUCACUGCCCAUCAACCCCACCAUAAUCCGCAUCAUGAGGGUGCUGCGCAUCGCCCGAGUGCUAAAGCUGCUGAAGAUGGCUGUGGGCAUGCGGGCGCUGCUGGACACAGUGAUGCAGGCCCUGCCCCAGGUGGGGAACCUGGGACUUCUCUUCAUGUUGUUGUUUUUCAUCUUUGCAGCUCUGGGCGUGGAGCUCUUUGGAGACCUGGAAUGUGACGAGACGCACCCCUGUGAGGGCCUGGGCCGGCAUGCCACCUUCCGCAACUUUGGCAUGGCCUUUCUGACCCUCUUCCGGGUCUCCACAGGUGACAACUGGAAUGGCAUUAUGAAGGACACCCUCCGGGACUGCGACCAGGAGUCCACCUGCUACAACACGGUCAUCUCCCCCAUCUACUUCGUGUCCUUCGUGCUGACGGCCCAGUUUGUGCUGGUCAACGUGGUGAUCGCCGUGCUGAUGAAACACCUGGAGGAGAGCAACAAGGAGGCCAAGGAGGAGGCCGAGCUGGAGGCCGAGCUGGAGCUGGAGAUGAAGCCGCUCAGCCCGCAGCCCCACUCGCCGCUGGGGAGCCCCUUCCUCUGGCCCGGGGCCGAGGGCCCCGACAGCCCCAAGCCUGGGGCCCCCCACGCCGUGACCCACGCCGGAGCGGCCUCCUCUCGCUACGCCCUGGAGCCCCGCACGGACAGACAGAUGUUUGACACCAUAUCCCUGCUGAUCCAGAACUCCCUGGAGGGGGAGCUGAAGCUGAUGGACGAGCUGGCAGGCCCAGAGGGCCAGCCCUCUGCCUUCCCUCCAGCCAGCAGCCCGGGUGGCUCCGACCCACAGAUCCCUCUAGCUGAGAUGGAGGCUCUGUCUCUGACGUCAGAGAUUGUGUCUGAACCGUCCUGCUCUCUAGCUCUGACGGAUGACUCUUUGCCUGAUGACACUCACACACUCUUACUUAGUGCCCCGGAGAGCAAUAGGAGGCCCCACCCGGGGGAGGUGCCAGACCUGCUGAGCGUGCGGAAGUCCGGGGUCAGCCGCACGCACUCUCUGCCCAAUGACAGCUACAUGUGCCGCGAUGGAAGCACGGCCGAGGGGUCCCUGGGACACAGGAGCUGGGGGCUCCCCAAAGCUCAGUCAGGCUCUGUCUUGUCCGUUCACUCCCAGCCAGCAGACACCAGCUACAUCCUGCAGCUUCCCAAAGAUGCUCCCCAUCUGCUCCAGCCCCACGGCGCCCCCACGUGGGGCACCAUCCCCAAACUGCCCCCGCCAGGCCGCUCCCCUUUGGCUCAGAGGCCUCUUAGGCGCCAGGCAGCAAUAAGGACCGAUUCCCUGGACGUUCAGGGCCUGGGCAGCAGGGAGGACCUGCUGUCAGAGGUGAGUGGGCCCUCCCCGCCUCUGGCCCGGACCUCCUCCUUCUGGGGCCAGCCGAGCACCCCGGUGCAGCACUCCCGCAGCCAGAGCAAGAUCUUGAAGCACACGCACUCGCCAGCCCCCUGCCCGGGACCAGAACCAACCUGGGACAAAAGCCCGCUGGAGGCCAGAAGCAGCUUAGAGCUGGACACGGAGCUGAGCUGGGUUUCAGAAGACCUCCUGCAGGCGGGCAGCCAGGAGGCGCCCCCUUCCCCGCGGGACCUGAAGAAGUGCUACAGCGUGGAGGCGCAGAGCUGCGGGCGCCGGCCGGCGUCCUGGCUGGAGGAGCAGCGGAGGCACUCCAUUGCUGUCAGCUGCCUGGACAGUGGCUCCCAACCCCACCUGGACCCCGGCCCCUCGGGCCUCGGGGGGCAACCUCUUGGGGGGCCUGGGAGCCGGCCCAAGAAAAAACUCAGUCCACCCAGUAUCUCUAUAGACCCCCCCCAGGGCCAGGGCGCUCGGCCCCCGCCCAGCCCUGGCAUCUGCCUCCGGAGGAGGGCUCCGUCCAGCGACUCCAAGGAUCUCUCGGCCUCCGGCCCCCCUGACAGCAUGGCUGCCUCGCCCUCCCCAAAGAAAGACAUGCUGGGUGUCUCCGGUUUAUCCUCUGACCCAGCAGACCUGGACCCCUGAGUCCUGCCCCCCCUCUCCCACUCACCUUUCUCCACUGGGUGCCAAAUCCUCGCUCCUCCUCUUGGGCUAUAUUCCUGACAAAAGUUCCACGUGGACACCCAAGAGGCGCCCCUCCCUGCCUCAGUGGCACUGGGCACUGGCCACUGCAGGAUUCCCAGCGAGUGGGGAGCAGCAGCCCUGCCCACCCUGGCUCCAGGCAGGAAGAGAAGCCCAGUGUCGCUGAGGUUCCCGACACCAGGAGCUGUUGGGAGAAAGCAAUACGUUUGUGCAGAAUCUAUGUAUAUUCUAUUUUAUUAAAUUAAUUGAAUCUAG